AUGAUUUUUGUUUCUGCCAGAUCAUGGAAUGUUAGAGCAGACUUGAUUCAUCAUUCCAUUUCCCUCCUGAAGGUGGCUAGAAGAUUUUAUCAACAGAAAUCGGCAGGAUGUUUCUCAGCUUAUCUUAAACUCUCCUUGGAGACGGGAUUUUAA